CUUCUUCCUCCUCCUCCUCCUCCUCCCUCACUGAUAACGCAGAGCCCCCGUUUUUUCUAUCUCUCAUCCUCCACACAAUUUAUCUUUAUCUUCUUUUCAUUCUAUUUCUUAAAUAUUCCUUUUGAUUCAUUUGUGCGAGAAAGUUGAAGAACGAGGAGGCCGUGUUUCUAGCUUGUCCUUGGUUAAAUGGAAGGACAUUAUUAGGUGUGGAGAAAAUUGAACGAAUCCUGGAUUUGUGAAAAAAAUAAUCACAGAUCGGAUAUCAAACUAUCAUUAAAAAAAAAAUUGGAAUCGGGUUCUCACUUGGGGUAUAAUGAUGAGGUAUCAGAGAGUAAGCCCAGAUUGUCUUCCCCUUACACAUGGAGCCAACAAGCCCUACUUGAGACCAUCACCAUCUAACGAAGACACAACGACCUCGAUCGCCGCCGGAAGAGGAUUUAACGGCGGAUCAUGCACCAUCAGCUCGUCACUAGACGGAGUCCCCAAAGGAUUCCGGUUCAGAUCCACCCAACAACAUGAUCCUACUCCCAGCCGCAGCGGAGGAGGAGAUGUGCUGUUGCAGUGGGGACAACGGAAGCGAUCGAGAAUCUCCAGAGCCGAGAUCCGAUCCUCCUCCACCACCACCACACCUGCCGAUGAUUCUUCGUCUUCUUCUGGACAAGGUAAGACUCAAUCGAACAAGCUCUCAAGAAGAUCCCUAAAUCCGUCUAUGCCACCACCUGCUCCGGUUUUCUCUGCCCGGAGCUCAAACAAUAGAAACGGUAUCGUCGGCGGCAAGGAAAUUUUCCUUUCCAGGAAUCUAGAAGACCGAUCAGCCAACGGAUCACCAUCAAGGAACAUCAACAGCCGUAUGGUGUCCAGAUCGGGAAGUUCAAAGCGAUCUCCACCGUCUCCUGAUCUAAUCGAGAAGAGAUCAAGCGUCAGAGAUCAUCAUCAGAACCAUAGACAAAACGGGUUGGAUCAUAAUCAUGAUCAACAACAUCAAAGAGUGAGCAGAUCAGAAUCAGCGGCUCAGGCUCAUCCAGAGCUGGAGACAAACAAAAACAACGGAGAGAAAGAGAAAGCAACGCAAGUGGAAACGAGAGAGUGGCCAAGGAUCUACAUUGCCUUGUCUAGGAAAGAGAAGGAAGAAGAUUUCUUGGUAUUGAAAGGCACAAAGCUUCCUCACCGACCCAGGAAACGAGCUAAGAACAUUGAUAAAUCCCUCCAGUAUUGUUUCCCAGGGAUGUGGUUAUCUGAUUUGACCAAGAAUCGUUAUGAAGUUAGGGAGAAGAAAAAUGUGAAGAAGCCGAAACGGAGAGGAUUGAAAGGGUUGGAGAAUUUGGACACCGACUCCGAGUAAAUUCUUCUUGUUUUUUUUGUGGUUUUCGAUUGAGAAUAUAAAAGAAUUGAGGAGGACCUACGUACGUUUGGCUUGGUUGUCAUGCUCGUGCCAACAGGAACCCAGUGGAGAGAGAGCUAUCGAGAAGUUACACCCUAAUUUUUUUUUUUUGGUUUCUGCUAGUAGUUAGUAAUGCAUCUACAUAAACAUAAUUCAGCCUUUUAAAAUUAUUAGACAAAAAUCAAUGAAAUGAAAAAAUGGAUUGUCUCUGUUUUGAAACUU